AUGACGUUAAAAAGUCGGAUCAAUCAAAUCUUCGAUGAUAAUACAAACUAUGCACACGCCCAGCAAGUACUUAAUCAGGCUAAUUCAUUGAAAUCAUUAUCGAGUGAUUUAUACACGGAUCCUAUACGAUUUGUAUAUGAACUUAUUCAAAACUGUGAUGAUUCCUGUCAAACGAAUUCAAUACUUCGUAUUGCAAUCGUCGAACAUCGAUAUUUGAUUGUUUGUCAUGAUGGAAAACCAUUUGAUAGGGACGAUAUUUCCGGCUUAUGUGAUGUAGGAUGUAGUACAAAAGGACGUGAUGAACAAAAAACUGGUUACAAAGGUUUAGGUUUUAAAUCUGUCUUUGGCCAAUCGGAUUAUGUACUGAUUGUAUCGAACGGUGAAUUUUUUCGAUUUGAUGCCAAAGCAGAAGUAUUCAAAACGAAAUGGAAUUUAGCAUGGGGUACGAGUCGAGCAACUUGGGAAGAAAAAAAUGGUAAAACGUUUGAAUACCCUUGGCAAAUCUGUCCGAUUUGGACGGAAAAGAAUGAAGUGCCUAGAUCCAUUCGAGAAUGGUUGAUCGGAAAAGUCGAUGCUGUUGGAACUAUUGUGCACUUAAGAGAUCCAAAUGAAAUAGUACACGCUCUUGAAGAAAUAACAAAAGAACCACAUGUUUUUAUGUUUCUUCGAAACAUUCGAACUAUUCGUUUUUCGUUCAAUUCUUCCAAAGAAACAACUUUAUCGAUCAAUCAACUACGGGAUGGCUCGACACAAAUUAUUUACGAUGGCCAGGCUAAAUCACAUUGGCUGUUGCACCGAUCUAAUAUGUCUAUUCCCAGCGAUGCACGUAUUGAUCCUCGUUUGCCAGAUAAACUUCGUGUUGUAAGUACUAUCGAAGUUAGUCUCGCAGUUAAGAUAGAUAAAAAUGAUAACAUCGAAAGUCUUCAAGGACGUUACAAUCCACUGUUUGCUUAUCUUCCAACAAAAAUAACAACAUACGACUUACCGAUAGUAGUCAAUGCUCAAUUUUCGAUCAACGCCAGUCGAGAACAUAUUCAUACGGAUUCUCCGUGGAACCAAUUUAUUUUCUCCCGUCUUCCGUAUGAAACCAUUCAUUGGAUAAGUCAACUUAUGAAACAAGAGAAAUGGAAAGAGAAAGCAUUCGAUCUCUUACCAAAGCCAAUACUCGGUCAAGAUGCUCUGUCGAAAAGUUAUAAUGACAAUUAUUUAAAAGCUGAAUCAGAUAUGUCUUUUAUACCCAAUGAUUUCAAACAGUUAUUGAAAGUUAGAGAAGCAAUUAUUGAUAUAACUGGUUUUUCCAAACCAGAUUGUCUCGGUGAUAAACUUAUUCGUGAUUAUAUCGUUAAUGCAUUUCCUCCAAUGCCAAGUAUGGCUGAACAUCCUUUUGUGGCCAACAACAAACGACUACGUCGAUAUAAAAUUACGAGCUUUGAGUGGGAACAUUGCUUGACUAUGUUGAAAUCGAUGGAAUUUUUUAUUAGUUUUACCCCAGAACAAGACAUUCAGUUUAUCUCUUAUCUUUUCAUGCAUCAAAAUCUUGCACAUAUUCAAUGUCGUCUACGACAAUUGCCAUUUCUUAUGGAUCAUAAAGGAAUACUACGAACUAUGGAUCAGAUUUAUAUUCCAUCGCAUUUUAUCAGUACAGAUUGGUCAACAGCGAAUGAUACUGACCCAUAUGUGCAUGAAAAUGUUAUGAUUUGGUUGAAAACUCAAGUUCCAGUUCUUAAUUGGCUGAAAUCUCUCGGUGUCGCAGAGAAAACAGACGAAAUGUAUAUACGUCGAAAGAUUAUACCUAAUGUCCGUAAGUAUGCCAAUCGAGAAAACACAAUAGGAACAGUGAAGAAACUUCUCGAUAACUUCCAGCAUGGUUUUUUACCAAAUGAUGUGUUAUUCCACUUGAAAAAAUUGAAACUAUUAUCCAUGGAAGAUAAACUCGUGUCUGCUGAUGAACUGUAUUUUACAGAUGCGUAUUUUCCUCGUUUACGAUUGGACAAUUUCCAUCUGGACAGCAGCAAAUUUCUUUCUCCGGUAUAUCUAAAGGAAAUUCCAAAUGCGAACAAUACUUUAAAGUCACUGUUUCUUGCCAUCGGUGUUCAAGAAGAUAUCAGAUGGAUUUCAUUCGAUGAAGAACAGCACAAUCAACUAGUCGCUGCUUAUCGAUUUAAACAAACAGAAAAUCUUUAUCGCUAUGGUCUAAUGCAAUUUCAUUCUCGUCGAACGUUUCCAUUUCUCGAAAUCACGCAAUACAAUUACGAUUUCUCAGUUUUCUUUUGGCAGCAUAUCAUACAAGUUGUUCAAUCUCAUGAAAUCAACGAAAAAGAAACUCUGGUAUCUCCUCAACAGCAGACCUUCAAGGUUGAUAAUCUACCUACUUGGUUCGUUCGAUCCCAGACCUGCAUACCGACGACGACGAGACAACUAUUGAAAAGUAUGGAUGUCUUUUCCAGUGAUUUGCGAGCAAUUGCAGGUAAUUUCUUACCGGUAUUCGCAUGUAAAGUCGUGAGUCCAUUUCCACCUGCAUGGCAACAGUUUUUUCAAUUCAAAACGCAAUUUUCCAUUUAUGAUCAUAUUCACCUGUUAAAUUCCUUCUAUGAAAGUUCAAAACAGUCUUCUCUGAAUGACGAGAAUGAAAAUUGUAUUCAGCGUCUUUAUAGCAGUUUGAUCAGUUGUCUUCAGAGCGAAAACAGAAACGUUUUAGAUCAAUAUCGGCCUAGUGCACCAUUUUAUCUGCUGAGUACAAACAGCAAUGAAUUCCUUCCAAAUACGAGUCUUGUUAUAUCCUCAACUAAAGAUUUACAUCUACCUAAUCAGAUUCCUCAAUUGAAACUAAGCACUGGCAAUGCUCGAGAUACACGUCUAGGACAUUUACUUGACUUUUUCAAUAUUAGAACUAUUGGAAUUCGUGAUUUAACUCUACCAACGACUAUUCCUGCACUACCAUCACUUGCCCUACGAGCCAAGUUACGCGACGUUCAAGCUUCACUCCUUGAUUUAGCACAAACUCAGGACAUUACUCAUCAUCGAAUUGAUUAUGAUUUAGAAGUCUACGAAGUUGAUCGACUGGAGUUAUUCUACAAUGAAACGAUUCCUGUUCUACAGAAAGACAUUCACAUUGUCAAUAACCGAGUGUACAUCACACGUCCGUGGGCAUCGCAUAAAACGCUAACGAAACUAUCAGAGGUUCUUUGUCAAGAAUUUCAAUUGCCAUCGAAUUUUGGAUCGCAAAUUCUGCAAUUAUUGUUACGAGAAGAACAGGGUGCACCUUCCACAAUGCUUCCUUCGUUUGAUUCGACACUAGAUUUACCUGCUGCGCAAGGAACACGCCAAAAACUCGCUAUCAGCAUCGAGCGCGACAACCAACAGCUAUUUAGUCAAUUAAAAAUCAACGACGAAACCACUCCUGCUGAACUUCUUCUUCGUGGACUUGAAGCACAAAACUCAUCACACUCAGGAUUUGUCUACUAUUACACGCAUUUAGAAAACGCCGUUUCAAUCCUUCGCAAUGGACUUAUCGAAUGUCGAAGUCACCUGUCACCGAACGAUAUUCAAGACGAAACACGUUCGGAAGUGAAAGAUUAUGUCCGUUUUUACUUUCGCCCAUUAACCUUAGCACAAUAUCGUGAUGAAAAUCUUGGUCGAGCAAAUCUUUCUCAAUCGAACAACAAUCAAUCAAUAUGCCCUGUGCCCGUCAUCUUCCGCAUAGAGCUAGAAUCUAUAUUAGCAAUCGAAAACAUUCAGUGGACGAUUGACCCGGGAAAUAUGUUUGAGUCUCAAAGUGACUUUGAAAAUAUCUUCGAUACGAUAGGCAAAUUCGAUUUUCAAGGUGUUUAUGCUGAUCUACGCACAGAACGUGGUAAAUACAGUUCGCAACAAGAGUUUUUAAUUGAAACACAACUGGAUUUGAAUCAACUGGAUACCUCAGAUAUCACACUUAUUUUUCAAGAUCAAAACGCCUGCGAUAGUUUGGAAUGUAUGGUUACCCAUGAUCACCGUUCAGUAGUCGAUACAAGUUAUUAUUUCAAUUUGAAUUCUCGAAUUCUAAUCGAUUAUACUGACAUGGAUAAUGAAAUCACCAUUUCCAUUGUUAAUUUGAAUAAACUCGUCAACUCCGGCCAAUUAAUUCUUCAAUUAUCAGGCGAUGACACCAAUCGAACAAUUCAAGGUAACCUGAAUGCAUCUUUUCAACGAGUACGCUGUUUACUACAAAGACAAAAAUCAUCUAUGGCUUAUCCAUACGAAUACAUCGGCACCUUGUUUUAUUCCCCCUGUGCAAUAAGUGUGACAAGCAAAGGAAAAGCUUCAUCAUAUUGUUCUUGCUUCGACUUCUUUUAA